AUGGCUUCCUUUCCAGAUGUAGAAACCGAAACUACAAACACCCUACAGGCUCGUAGGCAGCCACAGACCUCCAAUAAUGCGGCCAAGUCAAAAGCACCACGCAAGAAGCCAGCAGCUCAGAUGCCUCGGGCAAAAAAUCUCCUUUCCGAAGAUCUAGGCGGAGGCCUGGCGCAAAUACUUAUGACCCAGGCCAGAGACAUUGACUCCAUGAACAUCAUACAGCGCCUUCAGUUCCUCAAGGGUGAUGCCUUGUUGGGACCAAGAUUCAUCGACUUUAACCAAAGCAGCACGACCGUCGUCACCACGUCGAUUUCUUCGCGAGGCAUACUUUCACCAGUCCAUGAUGUUUGUGAGCACCAGCAAUGCAUAUCGACCUCCAUGACUGUGAGCUUCAACGACUCCAGUACGAGCCUCAAUCAUAUUCCUACAUACCCAAAAAGAAAGAACAACGACAUCCACACAUUCACCCUCGACGACUUCACGGCCAUUUCGGCCCUGGGUUCCCUUGUCGAGCGCUUCGGCAAAGUCUCCCACAUGGGGAUCCUAGACCCCAGCUACCGGUUCUUCAUGACCAAAGAUCGUCAAGCAGCACUUUAUUAUAAGGUCAGGAACAAUGUUGCGGUGGUCGGAGGCGAUCCUCUGUGUGAACCUGCUGAGUACGAUCGUCUUUUGGAAGAAUUUCGACGCCUGCGUAAACGACGCCGCUGGGGCAUGGUCUUUCUUGGCGCAACCGACAAAUUCGCGUCAUAUGCGAGCAAACAGAAGUGGGUGACCAUGCGCUUUGGCACCGAGCGGGUCCUCAAUCCUCUCGACAACCCCGUCCUGCAAGAGAAGGAACAGAGGAGAAUGAUCACGCAAAACAAACAGCUCCUCGACCCCGAAAAAGGUGGAAUUUCCGUCCAUGCAUAUGCUCCGGCUCAGGGGCGCGACGAGGCUCUAGAACGGGAAUUACGACAAGUGUACGACUUGUGGCGCGACUCCCGCAAUCAAUCCGGCCAGCCACAGGCAUACAUGACGGUGUUCGACCCGUUCGCUAUCCCUAUGCUUAUGACAUACCUGUACACCACGGACCAACAAGGCCAGUGCAAUGGGUUCGCGGCUUUGCGAAAGAUCGGCGCCAACAAGGGCUACCAUAUCGAUCCCUACUGUGCGACCCCGACGGCGCCGAAAGGCAUCACCGACCUGCUCGUCUUCUCGGCCAUGUCCCUCCUCCAGCAAGCCGGCAUCGGCUACCUCAGCUUCGGCUUCGAGCCGGCCUCGCAACUCGACGAAGUCACCGGCCUGUCGCGACCCACGACCGCGCUGACCAAGUCCUGCUACCGCCGCGCGUUCCGCCACCUCCCCAUCGGCGGCAAGAAGGCCUACCACGACAAAUUCCGCCCCGACCCGGCCCUGGACUCCGGCCUGCACAUUAUCUACCCGAGCGGCGCCCCGAGCCUGCAGGACGCCCUGGCCACGCUGCACUUCGCCAACGUGGAGGUGCGGGAGUUGCUGAAGCGCGAGAUCUUCAGCGGGUGCGGCUGGAAACCCAAGCAGCAACAGCAGCAGCAGCAGCAGCAGCAACCCGAACAGAAGAAGGGGAGAGGAGAACCAAAGCAGCAGCAGCAGCAGACGACGACGACGACUACUCCCUGA